GAAAGCGAGAUUGAUGUUAAUAAUUAUUCUCUUUCAGUAUGCAGGAGAAAGGGAGGGCAGGAUAUUAAUCAUCAUCAUUAUUAUUUAGCCAGUCCGCGGCCGGACAGCUGUCCCGCGGAGGUGACGACAGAGGGACGAUGUCGCCCCGGGCCGCGCCGCCGUGUGGCAGUGUCAGUGUCAGGGGAGAGAGCGGUCCGCACGCGCUGCGAGAGACGGGGACGCCGUGUGUGUGUGUGUGUGCGCGCGCUGAAGAGACCCCCCCCCGCAGGUCUUCAAAGCUCAUCGCUCAUUUCGCAGUGACAGAUUCCAUCCCCGUCGCCUGCUCGUGUUGAUGGACAGCGGGAGCGGCCAAAAGGCACGCCGACAUCACUCCGCUCCAGCGAGGGGAGGAAGAGUCCCGGUCAGCCCCGGACCAGCGCCCGGCCCCGCCCGACACCGAGCACCGCCCGAACCGGACCGAGCCGCAGCUCGGGCCGAGGGGGAGAAGGGGGCAUUUCCCCGCCGAUCAUCCGACUGUUCUUCCGCGCAUACAGGAUGAACACAGCCGGGCGACAACGGCGGCAAUAAGCAGAAUUCUUCUUCUUCUGGUUAUUAUUAUUAAUCUCGGAUGGGAAUGGUUCCGGCUAUGGUCACCGCCGGACGCGCUGGUCAGGGGGAAACGCGGCUGCUCUGGAGGCGCUAUUAGAUUCCUCUCGUUGACAGGACUGUCUCGCCCGCCCGUGAGCGGACCGGACCCCGCUGUACCGAGCUGUGGGGGCCACCGUUUUCCACAUUUCCGCCCAGGAUCACUGCGAGCGGCAUCGGGACCGCCGUCUCGGCUCGCCUGUCUGGACACAGGCACCCGGAGCCCGGAGCCCGGAGCGCUGGACUGCGGCUCCGCCGUGCCGUCCGUCCGCCGGGCAGCCGGCUGCACUCGCGUUGAUGGAGAGCAGGUAUGAGGAUGUGCUGCAGUACCCCUCAGUGGAGACAGCAUGUGGAGGGGGGUUCAGCGACGUUAUGACCAUCCGCCCAAUCGCUCCCCCACUGAGCCAGACUCCCCACUACGCCUCUCACCGGGGGGGCGAUGGACUCAAACACCACAAGGACCAGAUUUAUGGACACCCGCUGUUCCCACUGCUGGCGCUGGUGUUUGAGAAGUGUGAACUGGCCACCUGCUCACCCCGCGAGCCAGCCGCCCUGACCUCACACAGCGACGUCUGCUCCUCUGACUCCUUCAACGAGGACAUUGCUGCAUUCGCCAAACAGAUCCGCUCAGAAAAGCCUCUGUUUUCUUCCAACCCAGAACUGGACAACCUGAUGAUACAAGCCAUACAGGUGCUGCGGUUUCACCUGCUGGAGCUGGAGAAGGUCCAUGACCUGUGUGAUAACUUCUGCCACCGCUACAUCACCUGUCUGAAAGGGAAGAUGCCCACAGACCUGGUGCUUGAUGACCGGGAGGGCGGGUCCAAGUCGGACCUGGAGGACUUCGCUGGUUCCUGCACCAGUCUGUCAGACCAGAACGCUUCGUGGCUCCGGGACCCAGAGGAUUGCGUGUCGACCCCCUCAGGGACACCAGGACCCUCAUCCUGCGGCCUCCCCUCCCACAGCACUGACAACUGCAGUGACAACGGUACAGAGGGGCAGUUCAUACUGGACACACAGUGUGACCCGGCUCCGUUUGUCCUCUCUCAGCACCCGUACCCCUCGGAGGAGCAGAAGAAGCAGCUGGCCCAGGACACCGGCCUCACCAUCCUGCAGGUCAACAACUGGUUCAUCAACGCCAGGCGCAGGAUAGUGCAGCCCAUGAUAGACCAGUCCAACCGCUCAGGUCAGGGCGCUCCCUACAGCCCCGAGGGUGCGGGCGUGGCGGGCUACGGCCUGGAGGGCACCACACACCUGGGCAUCAGGACAGCGGCUCUCCAGGGAGUGACGGGUCUGCCCACAGACUACCCCAGGGGAGUCCUGCCCCAGCCAGGAUACCCUUCGCCUGCCCACCUGCCCCCCCACACCACCCCCUCGCUGCGACACCCCUCUCCACUGCCCCCCUACCCUCCUCCUCACCCUGCCAUGCUGCUGCACACUGCACCCACCUCUGCAACUCCGCCAGACCCCCUCCUUGGAGCACAGGCACUGGACAUCCACCCCACCGAAAGAGAGGGGCUCCAGCCGGUCCUGCUUGCACACUCAGUUGCUCCCUCUUCCAGAGUCUCGUCCUGCCACGGCCUGCAGGGACUCAGACACCUGCCACUCUCCGUGUAA